CUUCCUACUAUUAUAAUAAUAAUAAUAAUAAUAAGUAUUAUUCCAUGCCGUCUCUUUUUCGUUUCUAGAUCAUUUAAAUCACCUAAAAUUUGAAUAAAUUACCAAAACAAGAUAGAAAUUGGAUUGCGCACCUCUUUCUAUGGAUUCCGGCAACGCCAGCAGUCUUCACUCCUCCUCCGGCGGCGGCGGAGGCGGCAGCGAUGAUGUCGACUCCCUCUCCGCCUUCUUCCACACGUCCGCCUCCGCCUCCGUCGUCACCCUUCCGCCUCCGCCGUCUCUCUCCUCCGUUGGUCCCCACUUCUUCGACUACUCCCCCCUCUUCUACCUAGACUCCUCCUCCUCCUUCCCCUCCACGCUCCUCCCCUCCGCCUCCGGAAGCCAGCCUUCGGCGGCGGCGGUGGGGCCGCAGACAGAUCCCCCGCCUGCACUGGCGCCGGCCCCCCGGAGUUCGAGGAAGCGCUCCCGCGCCACGCGCCGCGCUCCGACGACGGUGCUCACGACGGACACCUCCAACUUCCGCGCCAUGGUUCAGGAGUUCACCGGCAUCCCCGCCGCCCCUUUCGCCGUACCCGCCGCCGCUUCCUCCCCCUUCCUCCGCUCACGCAUCGACCAACUCCUCCACUCUUCUUCCUCCGCUACCGCCGCCGCGGCGUCACCCUUCCUCCUCGGCCCCUUCUCCCACAAGCCCCACUCAUCUCCCCCCUUCCCCAUUCCCAUUCGCAAUACUCCUCCUCUUCCCCCUUCUCUAACCCUAACAAUCCCCGCCUCUGUCACCGUCACUGCCGGAACUAACUCUAACUCUAAUCAACUCACUCCCAACCUCCACUCACUCCUCCAACCCCCGACCCCAGCAACCUUCUUCGCCUCCGACGACUUCGCCGCCCUCCCGCAGCCGCCGCAGGCGGCAAUCAUGCUGCCCGACCCUGCCCCCUCCAGCUGGGCGACCGUACAAUUCUCCGGAGCCGGUGUUUCACAACCACUCAUCGGCGCCGCCGGCAGCUGCAAGCCGUCCUACUCGUCGUCGGCUGAGCCGGCGGCGGAACUAGUCAUCCGUGAGAAAAAAGUUGAUUCGGAGAUCGCCCGGAAGGCAGGCGACGGCGAAGCGGAUCCGUCGUGGAUUCAUUCCUUAUCUGAUUGAUCGAUUAAAAUUAGGGAUUUGGAGAGGUAAAUUACGAUGUCGAAGAGAAGAGGCGCUCGCUGCUUUUGUCGCGCCCUUCCCGCUUCUCUCCUCUCCUCUCAUGUAUAUACCGGUACGCGUUACGUUAUCAUUGAUCAUUCCCCGUCUUCUCUCUUGCUUUUUCAGUAUAUAUCGGUUUUAUACGUCUAGAAUAACACGAAACCGUUUUCUUCGCCGAGUUUUCUUCUCCGAUACGGAUGCUUCUUUCUCAUG